AUGAAGAAGAUAGUUUGUGUAGCAGUCGUUGGUAAAGUGAACGACCCUUUAUUUAUACACGAUUACUCAGGAGGAUCAGAAGAGAAUAGAUUGAAAUUAAACUAUAUAGUACAUUGUUCAUUGGAUAUUAUUGAGGAAAAGCCUGGAGCAAAGAAAGUUGGAAAUGAUAUGUAUUUAGGAUUAUUAUAUCCAACAGAAGAUUAUAAAGUGUAUGGAUACUUGACAAACACCAAGAUCAAAUUUAUCAUUGUUGUCAUGGAUUCAACAGACAUCAAAGACAAUGAUAUUAGACAAUUUUUCAAGAAACUACAUGUACUUUACGUACAAACUACUAGCAGUACAUUCUAUAAACCAAAUAGUAAAAUAGAAUCUAAUAAAUUCUUAAACAAUGUAACAACAAUUGUACAAACUUUAUAA